UUGCCGAAGAGCAGAGACGCUUCUCCAUUUCAACUAGACGUUCGCUAGAUAUUGUGCUCAGCUGACAGCAAGGUGAGCUUAAGCUACGCGCAGUCGCACGUGUUCUAAGUUUGGCUCUCGUGCGUCUCGUUUUAUGAGAGUUAGAAUUAUCAAUUCGUCCUCCUCUAAACAGCAUUCCAUCUCUCCGAGGUAGAUCAUCAAGACCAGCUCCUCUCCUCAAACUGCUCUUCCUUCCGCUUACUUCCAUUGACCUAAUCUUACAAGAGAGCGAGGUGACUCUAUUUCACGUGAGAAACGCCUCGCCGAGGUUCGCCUAAACGAACAAGAGCGUUCUCGGAUAUAAUGGACUUCAUAGUAGGCUCCUUUAAUCACGACCUCUACACUCUCCACUUCGAACGAUCAACUCACAAGCUCUCUAUACUCCGCCAGACACCAGCCAUUGGAGGCCACUCUUGGCUCUCUCUCUCGGCCAAGAAGGACUUCCUCUAUUGCACCGCUUGGACCAAGCCACGGCCAUCGAUAGCUGCCUACCGUAUCGAUCGCUCUGGCCGUGAGAUCCACUUUCUAAACGCGAAACACAUCAAUGCACUGAGCGGCUACGUAUGCUGUUCCGCAACCCACGUUUACUCCGUGGGUGGGCCUACAGGGGAGGCCUUCCGAAUUGCCGCCGAUGGCUCGAUAGGCGAAUUGGUUCAGGAGCUCAGUUUCAUCGAGCCGGAAGGCGUGAAUGUGUCAGAGCAGCGAGGUGCCGUGCCACACGGCGAUUUUGGCGGCUUGAGGCAUGGUGCUCAUAGUGUAGAUCUGUCACCCGACGGGCGGAGUUUGUACGUGGCGGAUAUUGGUCGGAAUUGUAUCUGGACUUUCUCGAUAGACCCUAGUACUGCGUCUGGACGAGGUAUCAUGGAGCCGCCGUUGAAGUUGGCAAUGAAACAUAUGUCACCCAGACCACACGAUGGGCCUCGACAUACAUGGCCGCAUCCCAAUGGCAGAGUGUUGUACAGCCUUCAAGAGCACACCAGUAUCGUCGAUCUGUUUGCUGUACAUGAAGACGGCGUAACACUGCAGCAUAUCACGGGCGUGAAGAUCAUUCCUACUGACAGAGAUCCGAAGGAUUACUGGGCGGACGAAGUCCGUUUGUCUGCCGGCCCUGAAAAGCGACAACCAAUAUAUAUGUACGCCUCGACUCGUGGACUCACGGCCUCAACAAAGGGUUAUGUGGCGGUCUUCAAGCUCAGAACAGACGGAACACUCGACAGUGAGCAAGCGAUCUGCAUCUGGGAAACUCCGACCAGUGGCGGCAUCGCUAACGCCAUUGAGCCCGCGCCGUGGCAGGCAGGCCAGAGGGAAGGCGAAAUGGAGUACCUGGCGAUGACCGACAGUGAGGAAGGCUGGGUUUUUAUGCUGGGCUUCGAUGGCAAGGAGAUAAAGGAGGUGUCAAGGCUCAAUCUUGGAAAGACGGAUGACGGCGCAGUCGUCAAAGCGGCCACAGCUGUGUGGUUGUGAAUGAGGUCCGGUAAGAUGUGUCUUGUGGGCCAUCCGGACCCUUCGGGCUGAAGUGCGCGUCUGGGUCUAUGCUGCGCGAGUCCGCAUGCGAGCAUCUUGAGCGUACUGUGUGGGCCGUGGUAGUUCGGUAGAUAUCCGGCAGAGUCAUAGCAGCUUAUGCGAUCAGGAAAGGUGCACUUACUCGUGUCAGCGAGUUACAGUCGGACAAAAGUCGUCCCCGCCCGAUGCGGAGCUGACUCCGUCGGGCAUCAGACGUUCUUGACAUGCCGUUGCUGCGAUCAUCCUCAACGAGUCAUCGUGGAUCAGGGGCGGCUGCUUGCAAAUCACGAUGAGGAUUCA